AUGUACGCCCUAGUUUCGGCCUGCUGUCGGCACGCCCCGGGGCUCCUUAGUCCCCCCCCCCCCCUCCCACCAGCUAAGGCCUCCUCCGGUGAUCCUGCCGGGGGGGGCACAACUGAAGCUGUCUCCGACACGGGCGGUAGAAAGGAAAAGUCAAAGAGGCGCGAUGGGGGAGGAGUUGCUGGGAACACGUCACGGGUGGCGACGCCGGGUCUGCUGGUGGAGCUCUUGUCGGAAGAAGAGGAUUCCAAUCACCGGGAGGCUUGGCAGGCGGUCCUGCUGGUGCUGGGGGAGUUCAAGGAGACGUGGAUGGCGGAAAAAGGAGCGGCGGCGGUGCUCACAACCCUCCUUACACGGCUCCGCAAGGGCGCCUUCCUCGCCACGUCCGGCACGUCGUACCCGUGCCUGCUGCCCCUGCUUGCCUCUCUGCCGGCGGACGCGCUGCUCUCGCCGGCAGACGGCCGGGCCGGCCCUCCGUUCUGCGUAGCCUUGGUGGAGAACCUGUGGGUCACGAUAGCCAAGUCAUCGAGCCGAGACGCGGCCGGUGAUCGCACCGGAGGCGGUGGCGGCGGCUGGCUCGCCGACGUCGUGUCCGCGCACGUUGAGUGCGUGACUUUCUUGCUGCUCAAGCUUCCCCCGGCGUCGCAAGGGCUUGGGGAAGCGGGCGACACUGCGGCGGCGAGCACAAGCGGUGAUAUACCCGGGGUGGGUCGGGGGGUGGACACCGAACGAAGUUCGGCCACACUGAGCGUUGCAGCGGCCACGGCUAAUCUUGCCAAGGCGGUUGGUGUCUUUGUCCUCGAAGAAGAGACAGGCGCGACUGGUCUGGGCAACGGUCUCCGAACGGUGGGGAGGAGGUCACAGACCAUCAGCGAAGCGUUUGGCCGCGCGCUAGGGCAGCUGCACCUGGGGGGAGAGAAGGGGGCUGGGGUGGUGGGCACGACGAGCGGGUCUGCGGCGGUGUGGGGAGCUCUGCUGCGGGAGUUUGAGGAAGGUCUGGAUCAGAGGGGAGGCGCUGCGUGGAUAGGCAAGACGCUCGUGCGUGCCAUGACAGCUAUAAACGAGCGGAAGAGCCGAGGGGCGUGGGGCAGUCCUGGUGCCGCUACCGUCGCCGAAGAAACCGUCCAGAGUCCAUCGCAGCCGCUUGCGACUGACAGAGGGCCGCACGGUACCGGAUUGCGGGAAUUGUGUCGGACUCUGUUUCACCACUGCGUCGGGGCUAUCGGCUACGUUAGCCCGAGCAGCGGGGUAACCGAUGAUGACGCGGGCGCGGCGAUAUCUUCGGUUGACGCCCCUCUGACGACCUUCAUGUCGAACAUGGCGGGUGCCCUUGGCAUGGGCGGCAUUUUCUGCAUGGGGGACGCCGCCCUCUCCGAUGACAGCGGCAAUGGCGACUCCAAGCCCAGCGUGGUUCCUCCAGACUCGGCUAGAGAGUUUUACGAGAAUUUUCUGGUCCCGAGGUUUGUGGCCUCGGCGGGCGGCAGGCGGUCGAUGGAAGCGACGGGGGAGGCGACGAUGGCCCUCGAGUCUCUCACGAAAGCCUUUCUUCUCGCAGAAGACGGCCCAAGGCAGUCGGACGACUUCCGUCUGCUGCUGAAGCGUGCCCUCGCCGAGCCCGAGGCGGUGUGGCUGCGAACGACGACGAUGGUUCUACGCUUGGCCCCUGCGAGCAUGGCGAGGGUGUUUCCGGAGGUGGACGAGGCGUUGCUGAGGGCAUGCGGAAUCUCGUUGCCCGGAACCGAGCCAGCGGCAGCCCCGCCGUCAUCAUCAUCAUCGGAAAGACUCCGUCCAAAGAGCAGCACGCAGGACCUCACAGCCUUCUUGCAAGCCUGCCUCGGGGCAACGGAUGGCGGGCGAGAGCGCACGGCCGCCCCCUUUGUGAAGGCUGUCACUGUCUCGGAGGUUGUGAAGGUCGCGACCGCAGCCAGCCUCUCUGCUUCGACGUUCAAUAGCGCGGGGACGGCAGAGGCUGCUGAUGCUGCUAUCCGGCCAACGCUGCUGUCCAUGGCGGUGCUGGAAGGCCUUCUCGGAGUGCUAGGCACGGGAGAAAGCGGGGGGCCGGCGGACAGUAGCAGGGGAGGUGUCGGCAAUGACGACGAUGCCCUCGCUGCCGUUCGCAAGAGCGGGCUGUCUCUCCUCCUCGGCGCUUUCUCGGCGAUCGGGGAAGGGCGGGCGGCGGACCGCCUGUGGCGCGACGUCGCCGCUCCCACCCUCCAAGAUCUUGUUCUCCGUGGCCCCCGCCGGGCGGCGGCGGCGGCGGCGGCGGCGGCUGUGGCCGAAACGCCGCCUCCCCAGUGGUGCGACGGCAUCUGGCAAGAAUUCUUAGGCGGAGCCGUGGAAGAAGCUCGGCGCGCGAUGGAAGGCGACGGCGUUCACGACGACGGGGCGUCGGACCAGGGGGCCCCGCCGCUGCUACUGGCUGGAAGGGGGGGGGUGGAGCGCGCGGCGACUCUGACCUCCGCGCUCCUCGACCUCCGGAGCGCGUUGCUGCGGCGCGGGGCAACCCUGCUGCCGCCGGACGAUGCGCCCAUGCUCUGGCGGUUAGGGCUCACCCGCCCCUCCGUGUGGCGACAACGCCGGCUGGAAGCUUUGGCGGCGGAGGCGCGAUCCACGGGGGCCCCCUUGGCUACCACCGCCGCGGACUUGGCGCGGGCGUGCGUCGGGAGCCGGUGGGCCCGGCGUUGGGAGUGCGUGUCGCUGGUGCUGGCUCGGCUUCCGGACGCUAAGGCGAGGCUGUCGCUCCUGGUGGAGGGAGUCGUGAGCGCGGAGGCUGAAGGGGGAAGCGUUGGAGUCGCGGGAGAGGCGCUGCACGAGAUCUUUGCUGCCGGGGUGAUGGUCAGCAGGGCCGUGAGGCUGCUGAAGGGCGAAGAAGGCCGCGGCGGGGUAUUGGAGGUUAGCGUAGACCUUCCCUCGUGCCUGCUGGUCGCGCCCGCGGAGGACAAGAUCUCGGCAAGCGGCGGAAUGGCGCGGGCCGCCGCAGGAGUUGACUCGGUGGAAGAUUUCGGGGUAGGUCUUCAGAGGUUCCGCGGCGGUUCAAUGGCGGCGGAUGGCGACGACCCAGAGGCAGUGGCCGCUGUUGCGUCAGCGGAGGUCUUGGAUGCGGCGCUUGCGCAUCUCGGCGAGCAGUCACAAGGCGCCUUCGAAGCGGAGGCCGACGGCUAUGGCGUAGCUUCGCAGCAGCCGUUCAGCUUGUUGCUUCCUCAGGGCCUGUGGCGAGUAGCUUUCGAGUCCGCGGCGACCGACACUAAAGACGAACGCCUCCACGCCGUCCUCCUGUCGGCCCUCUCCUCUUGCCUCGCCCUCGCCGCUCAAGAUGCCGCGGCCCUCGCGGGGGGCGGCGGCGGCGACGAAGCCGUGGCAGCGGCUUGGCGGACGGCUUGCUCGGCGACGGUUUCGUCCGGUCUAGUCGUGGCGGUGGUUGGGGAGGCUUUGGCUCGCGGCCUCGGGCUUGGGGACGAAGUAAACAGGCUUAUGGCCGUCCGCUGCGGAACCUACAAAGCUCCGGUGCCUUCCGCCGCUGACCUGGUGCCCGGGGCAAAGACGCUCUACACAAGCGAUGGGCAAGCGGUGACCAUAGUGGCCGCCCACGUGGACCCAGGCUAUCGGAAGGGUGGCGGCGAGGGGUACUACACCGUCCGACCUAUCCCAGAGGCCGACGGCGCCGCCGAUGACGCCGGUCGAGAGCGGCAAACCGUCCUCGGGCGCCUUUCCGUCACACACCCCUCCCCACGCACACUCGUAGACGCGCCCCCCCAACACGCCCGUUGGCUAGUACGACCGGCUGUGGCGGCGAAACUGGGGGAGGUUUUGGCCGGUCCCGUCUUCGCAAUCGAGCGGCGUCUCUGGGAACACAUAGGCCGGUCUCCGGAGUUGUCUGGCCCAGAGGCGCCGGCGCUGUCCUCGGCCACCGCGGCGGCGCUCCGAGGGGUCGCGUCGACGUGCGUGAGAGCGGCGCUGCUAUGUGGUUCUGACCCCCGCGGUACCGCCGGUGGGGGGAGUCAAGAAGCUUGGGAACGGGUCCGCCCGGGAAUCCUGACCCUGAGAAACAGGUGGGCGGCGGCGGCGGCCAAGUCCGGGAGCGCGGUCCUGGCGUCGAAGACCGGCGGUAGCGGCGGCGGGACUGUCCAAGCGGCGGCGACGGUGGCCCUGGCGGCCUCCGUGCUCUCGGGGUUCCUAGCGGCGACGCCCCUCAUGCCGUCCGAAGAAGAGGGCAUGCGGCUCAUGCCGGCGAGGAUAAGGGGAGCCUUGUGCGAAGAAGCGGCGGGGGGGGCGGGCUCCGCGGCCGCAGCUCUCGGGUGGAGGAGGGCGCAGGGGACGGCGAGCCUGGCCUGGCUCCGCGACUGCGCCGAUGCGUCUUGCAAGGUGCACGUGUCUCCCUCGCCGGGGUCCCUCGGAAGCGACAUUUUCGUCGCCACGCACGCGGAGACGGAGGUGGCCGUGGUGGCGCUGGUCAGGUCGGCGGGGCGGCGGCGGGGGGGCGACAAUAGUGUUGUCGGGGGAGGUUCCUUCGACUUGGCGCUGGCGAGGGCUUGUGCGGGACUCUUCGCGGCCGAGAGCUGCCGUCUCUCUCAAGGGCACGCGGCGUCCCUGUCCUGCGAUUCCAAGGCGGCCGUGGUCUCGUGGGCGGUGUCCAAGUUCUUGCUCAGCGGUGGCCGGAUGGCGUCAGGGACGGCGGCGGAGGGGGGGGACUUGGCAGGAAGCUUCGGAGGCGGCGACGACGACGACGCUGCUCUGUGCUUGGAGACCGCGCGCUUGCUGACAGCCACGGCAUGGGACGGGCGCCUCCUCGCUGCGCGUGGCGACAGGGCGAAGGUGUGGGAGGCGGCACGAUCUCCGGCGGUGUGGCGGGGCCUCCACGCCGCGGUGGUCGGCGCCGUCGCAAGCCCCGUACUACAGCUGUGCGCGUUCGAGGUGCUCGAAGCCGCCGCGGCCGAUUGGCGUGGCGACCCCGUCUCUGGCGAUGAAGAGCCCGAGGGCGCCAAGGGCGACGAUGCUGGGACGCCGGGCGAGGAGGAGGAGAGCAAGGAUGAUGGUAGUAGCGCUACCGCACCAGGCGAGGGCCAGUCGAUUGUAUCGCGGCUUGGGAGGGCCUUGGGUGGGUGGGGACUCGCGUCGGCUCAAGCAGGUGGGGGAGCGGAGGGGGGCGUUGUUGAUGUGGAGGGGUCCGAUGAGCGAGGGGAUGCUGACGAAGGAGCAGGGAGCAGCUCGCCUGGCACGGAGGCCGUCGAAGAGGAGGCGAAGGAGCAACAAGAUGAUCUCGAGCUCAUCGCCAAGUGUUUCCCGGAAGAUCUUUUGCUGGCUGUUGAGGCGUUGCCGUCGACCAUAGACGCGCUCGCAGAGGCACCGCAAGCUUCAGCGAGGGCAAGGGGUGGCGCUCGAAGACAAGACAUUAUGGCGGCACAUGAGGAGGAAGAGGAGGGGGACUACGACGAUAGUGAGGCAGAGGAAGAAGAUGUAGAGGAUGAGAAACACGCGUGGGACUCAGAAGAGGUUGCCGAUGUCGAUUCCGCCGAACGAUCAACAUGCGUCGCCUCUCCCGGAGAAGAAGACGAAAUAGAAGGCGGUUCAGAGAGCGGAGGUGCGGAAGAACCACACUCAGCUGACUCCGAAGCGGAAGGAGGAGGAACCACCGAUAAGGCUGACGGCGAUAAUGCCCCGCAAUCCACGGCCAGCAAGAGCAGACGCAAGCGUCUCCGACGCCGCCUCAGCAGCAGCACAACAAGGACGACCACGUCCGACAGGGGACAGGCUGGAAACAUCCCCGGGGGGGGACGCGAUCGUCGGCGCACCCCCGCUUCCGGUCCUUCCCUCACGGGCCCAUUCUUGACGUGGCUGCUUUGGCUGGAGCACUGCCGACGAGCGUCGGAGUUGGAGGUCAAGUCUAGGUCGGCAGCGAGGGCUUUCGUGGCGAGGGCUGGCGCGCUCACGCCGGUGAUGGAGGCGUGCUUUGGAGUGCUGCGGGCUUCGCAGGUGGGUGCUAUUAAUAAUAGCCACCACCGCUAUUAA